UAUCUCUCGCCCUCGACCACUGCUUCGUGCAGCCAUGGAGAACCACCGUGACGACGGCUUCGCUUCCAGCGCUGCUUCCCUCGAGGGGAUUAGGGGGCUCGCCGCGGGUGAAGACCCCAUCCACGUCGAAACCAUGACCCCGACACAAACAUAUCAAGAGUGGCUUGCCCCAUCACGUGCACGCGCUGGCGCCCGGAGCCCAGGACUCCGGCUGAAGAACAGGAAACUUCAAAGGAGCAUGUUAUCUGGCGACGAGAGCAUGGAGAUGAUGAUGAGAGGGGUCAACGGAGACCCGUGCGAUUUCCUGACCAAGCCCCCGGGCAACGACGGGAUGCACAACAUCCGCCGUCCUGUCAAGGAGCGAAGCCUCAACGCUGCCGUCAACGCCGCCCCCGCAAACACCGAUCCUCGCUCCAGCCAGGAUGGCAAAUCGAGGAAGAGGCCAACGGAAGUGGACCACUCCGACGCGGGGGGCUUCGGUAGCAGGACUGCCAAGAAGAUCACUGCAGAGAAGCAUGCAUUACUUCACAAAGUGGCCAACAACCGGAUCAUUGGAACAGAAGUGCUAUCUUUGUGCAAGCUAAGUGAGAUGAUACUUGUCAUUGAGGACAUGGAGGAACAGAAGACAAUCUAUGCACAAUAUGUUUAUGAGUAGUUUAUAUGAACUACUUGAUUUCUCCAAUAGGGCAUGUUUGAUGUUUCCUGCGAGUGCUCUGUUCUCCAAGCCAGAUGAGACUAUUUCUGUCUCAGAGGAUAUGCAAGGCUAGG